AUGUGGGAGUCGUCCGGUGGAGGGUACCGUAAUGGAAUAGACCACAUCGUCAAUAAAAGGUUUUGCCUGACGGACGUCGCUGUUGUACCAAAGUUCUAUACGGGAUCGGACCAUCGCCUCCUCCGAGGAAGACUUUCCUUCACAAAGAGAGCAGAGAAAGCCGCCAAGUUCAGAGAGAGAAAUCCCAGGACUAUUAUCAACUGGAAUCUCUUCGCUACGCUAGCCGGCUUUUGGGAAGAUUCCGCAAUGGACAACAUCGACGAGGAAUAUGACCGGCUCGUUGAACACCUUCACGACUGCGCGAAGAAGGCUGAUAGGAACCAAGAGCUCACAUCCGAGCUCGCAAGGCUUUGCAGACAGGCGAUAAAGGAAGACCUUAAAGAGAGAAGAGCAGAAGUGCUGGCUGAAGUUGCAGAGGCAGGGAAAAGCAUCCGCUAUGCCCGUCGAGACUUCGCCAUUCGCAAGACGAGGAUGAUUGCCCUCUUCGACAGCCAUGUCCACUUGCCUCCUCACCAUCUGAGGGAAGACGGACAUGUCAUUCUAGAGGUUCUCCCGUCCGAAAUACGACAUGCUGUCAUGUCAGUAAGAAAUCGUACCUCACCCGGUCCCGACAAAAUAAAACCAGAACAACUGAAGAACCUUCCGCCAGUACUCAUCAACACCCUGGCGAGGAUCUUCACACGUUAUCUGUCGGAAUGCAAGGGAGAUCCACAUGACAUCGGCAACUAUCGUCCAAUCUGCUUACUGUCCGUCAUCUACAAGCUCUUUACAAGAGUGAUCCUUAAUAGGAUUGGAAAAGUCUUGGAUGAAGGACAGCCAUGCGAGCAAGCAGGGUUUCGAAAAGGAUUCACCUCGGUUGACCAUACUCACACUGUUCCGAAACUCAUCGAGGUAUCACGAGAGUACAAGAUGCCGCUCUGUCUCACCUUCAUCGACUUGAAGAACGCCUUUGACUCAGUUGAGACGGAAGCGGUCAUGGAAGCCUUGGACAACCAAGGCGUCCCUACCCAGUACAUAAAGGUACUUCGAGAGUUGUACAGUAACUUCACUACCGGAAUUUUGCCAUUCUACAAGAACAUCAUCAUUGACGUGAAGAGGGGGAACGCAAUGCGAAAGUUGGAAUGGGACGACAUGGGAGUGAAGGUUGAUGGUCGGCAGCUACACCACUUGCGCUUUGCUGAUGAAAUCGUACUGAUAACACCUAGCAUCAGCCAAGAGGAGCGAAUGCUGACCGAAUUCGACGAAACGUGUGGAUGCAACGGUCUUCAGCUGAAUCUGCAAAAGACGAUGUUCAUGCUUUAUCUGGGUUGGGAACUAAACAUGAUGAACGACCUGACCCCCGAGCUGGGCAGGAGGAGACGAGCGGCAUGGGGAGCGUAUAAGAGCAUCGAGAAUGUAGUGAAGAAGACCAGGAACACUCGGCUCCGUGCUCACCUCUUCAACACCACCGUACUUCCUGCUUUGACCUAUGCUUCGGAAACCUGGGCAUUUCGCAAGCAGGAAGAAAACGCGAUGAGCGUCAUUGUACGCGCAAUUGAGAGAGUGCUAGGAGAUAUUAAGCGGGGACGCGAUAUUAAAUGCACUACAGGAAGACCGCCGACCCGAUGGUCAGAUUUCUUCACGAAGUCCUUCAAAGAAAAAUAUGAUGUUCUUCGUGUCCCACGCGAGAGGAGGAACCACUGGGCUACUCUGGCACGCGAUCGGGACAAAUGGAAGAAUUACUGGCGCCCGCUCGACCAGUUCGAAGAUCAACGGGAGUCAAGGUUAUCAAGAUGA